UGAGACAGACAUUGACAUUUGUGAUUUGACACAGACAUUUGGUCAAUUAACAAUUUGGCGUAUUCUGCAAAAGUAGACGUUCUCAUUACUUUUAUUUUUAUAUAUUCGACAUGUAUUUCUGAUAAAGUAGAUAGGGUAAUAAAAAUUACUGCUUAUUUUUAUUGUUGCACAUUUAACCCUUGAUUGUAACAGGUGCGAUGUUUCUUAUUUAAAAGUUUGUAAGACCGACUUGCACCUAUGCAGAUCUAAGGUCUUAUUACCUAAGUCCACCUAAGUCUACAGUGUUUAAUGUUUAUGCCGCCAACCAAUGAAUAUGAAGAGUAGGUAAUUAAAAAUAAAAUAAUUAGUUAUAUUUAAUACUUCCAACAUGGAAAACGUUCGAGCUUGUGUAAUGUGCUUAGAAAUGGAUGGAACCCUUUAUAAUUUGCGCUCUAAUUCACUGGAACGAUAUUAUAGAAUAUUGACGGGAACAGAUCCACUAACAUCCUUGGAGCUCCCUAUGUUCGCUUGCUAUGUGUGCAAAGCGAUGUUAUACAAGUUCUAUUCAUUUAGACAGAGGAGCCUGAGGGUUCAGGCUAUAUUGCAGGGGAUCUUACAGAGCAAUGGAAAGGUUUUAGAACAAGACAUAAGGCGGUUGGACAAAAAAUCCUACCACCUAAAUUCGAAUUUAAGUAUACAGAAUGUAGUGGAAAUUAAAAUUAUAAAUGAAGAAGAUAAUGAAGAUACAAUCAAAGAGGAGCCAUUAGAAGAACUCGAUUGUGAAUUUUCCUUUCAAACGAAUGCUGAUAAUGAUUGGCUGAGUGAUGACGAACCAUUAUCCAUUCAUAAGAGUGAGAAAAUGAAAGUGAAUUUGGAGGAAAUGGAGGUGAACAUCGAGGAAGAAAUAAAAGAGAGAGAAGAUAAUGUGGAUGAGAAACCGCCCAAAGCCUCAAAAACAAGGAAACCCAAAAAGGCAUUGCAACCAAAAGUAGUGUGUCCACGCAAAGACAUACUAAAAACGGUCAUGAAUCAGGCCCAAGGGGCCUUGGACGACAUCAAACUGGAAACACAUAUUACGGUGAUCAAUUUGACGGAAGAGGAACAAUUGGAAGAAAUCAGAAAACGGCGGGAGUCUCUCAAUUAUAAAAAUUCUGCAUUCAAAUGUGAGCUCUGUUUUAAGGGCUUUAUAGAUACACAGGCAUGGCAACAUCAUAUGCAGAGACAUGAUAAGUCAUCAGGUAGCUUGGAAUGUAACAUAUGCAAGAUGCGUUUUAAAACGACAAGACUUCUAAAAAAACAUCAUGCUAUUCAUGCGAAGAAGUUUAUAUGCAAAUACUGCCCAUAUGUAUCUAAACACGUGACUCCAGCUAGACAACACCUUUUCUGGCACCAAGGCGUUAAGUACAAGUGUCCAUACUGCGAAGAGAUAUUGUCAAAUGGGACGUCGUACCGAUCGCACGUGCGCAUCAAGCACCCGUCGGAUUACAUUUGCGGCUUCUGCGGCUACUCGUUCGUUUCGCAGCUUGGACUCAACAUGCACAGGACCCUGAUGCACAAGGGAUUGAAGAUGCCGGCCAACAACGUGGAUGACAAAGAGGCGCCAUUUUGUGAGGCGUGUGACGUCAAAUUCUUUUCCGUGGAAGCGUUCAAGCGACAUAUGGUCACAGCGAAACGGCACACGCAGGAAUCUGAGAAUAAGAAAGGCUGUCGCGAUUGCGGUGAAACAUUCAUGACGGAGGAAGAGCGGCGUGCGCACGUGCGCUGCACUCAUUCGCGCAAGUUGAUAGACUACAAACGCACUUGGCCGAUUAAUUGUCCGCAUUGCUCAGAAGAGAUAGCUAACGGGCGGGCGUACUGGGCCCACUUCAGGAAAUACCAUCCAGAUAAAGAGUAUCCCGUAGAGAAGAGACAUAUUUGUGACGUGUGUGGAAAGGGCUUUAUGACCAACGCGUUGCUCAUGUUCCACAAGCGCACGCACUCCGCGGUGAAGGCGUUCAAGUGCGGCGAGUGCGGCAAGGCGUUCCACAACCGCGUCAACCUGCUGACGCACGGCCGCGUGCACUCGGAGCGGCGCCCGCACGUGUGCUGCGCGUGCGGCAAGGCCUUCAAGUGCAAGGCGGCGCUCGACCGGCACUUGCUCAGCCACACGGGCGACAAGCCGUACAAGUGCGAGGUGUGCGGCAAGGCGUUCGCGCAGUCGUACAGCUGCAAGGUGCACGUGCGCACGGUGCACCUCAAGCAGCCCUCAACCUCAGCAGAGCGCAGUCGCAGGAAGCGAAAAUAAUAUAUUCUAAUUAUUCUGAAGAAAUAAAAAACAAUGAAAAAAAAAAAAAUUUUCACAAAUAAAAUUUAUGGUUUUUA